UUUGUGCCCGGAGGUGGCUGCAGGGCGGUCCCAUAGGUUACACACAAGUCACUCCGCCUGUGAAGCCCGCAGGCCACUGUGCCACCCCUUGUCGCGGCGCCCCGGGCGGGGACCAGAAUGGCGCGGGUCGGCAGCUGGAGGCUCAGCUGACUGCAGGCGCGAGGUACCGAAGCGAGCCCGAGCCAUCGGGGCCCCAGAGCCGGCUCUGCCCGUCCGACUCCAGCCAGCAAACACUGUGCCUGCCAAACCCAGGGCCCUCUGCGGGAAUGUUCAAAAAUGAGUACCAGGGAGGCGCAUUUGUUGAAAUUUUUAGCGCUCAGGGGAAAAAUCCUGGAGCAAAAUGGAAGAUCUUGGGCAGUCCAUCUGUGAUUUGGAAAGAAUUUGAUAAAGAAGUUAAAAGUUUUGUAUUUGUCCUGGAAGGCAGCAGCCAAACCAACAGAAUCCAGUUACCGAAGGAGAAUAAACAAAUCCUUGGACUGAUCCAGAGGUUCCUUGUGCUUCAGAUUUAUAUACCCCUGGGCCAGGACUUCUCCACUGAAUUACUAAUUACUGAUUUAGGAAACAUCAAAAGAAGAUUGUAUUUGUCAACAGUCCAUAAGGAAGUGUCUUCAACACCUCUUCAUGCAAAAAUCCCACUCUUCAUGAUCAAGCGUAAAAUCUGGUGCAAUCUGUGCAUUGACCUGGUCGCCUUUACCAGUGAGAUAUUCAAAGGAGCCGUUUUCCAGUCGUUGGAUGGAAUCAUCGUCUCUGCUAACUGUAAGCUGCGAAAGAUCUUCACUUUAAAAUCAAAGCCUCAAGAGACGGCUGAUAAAGAUGAUGAACCCACAGAUAUUAUUCCACGAAGCUGUCAGCUUGCAACAGAUGUUCCUCAUGUCACACAGCUGCUAAACAUGACAAAACUUCGCCAAACUGAAAUUAAAUUUGGAGGUCAUCCUCUAAGAUCAGCAGAGUCAGACCAGUUCAUCAGCAGUGGAGCAGGCGGCAUCCGCACCAGCAGAAGUCACGAUGUUUGCCACAUCGCAUUUGGGUCCAGGGUUCUUGGACCCCCUCCACUCUCUGGCAGACGAAAUAACCUAAGGCUCUCCACUGAGACAGUAAGAUCCAUUGGAUACAAAAACAGCCAGUUGUGCCAGCAGCCUACAGAAGAGAAGCGUGUUAGCAGUGUGGACGUGUCAGCCUUGCUGACACCUCAGUCUGAACAGCAAGGAGAGAAAGGAAGUACUCGCCCUGUGAAGCAAACCACUCCUCUUCCUGCCAGUCUACCCAUUCCGCACCCACAUCCCUCUCAAGAGCCCUCAACAGAUAAGGGUGGCAACAGAAGAAGACUUCGGCUAAAGAGCAGCAGCGGAGACAGGACAGAGGCCUGCUGUGGUAGUUCCUCAGGAAAUAACAGGAGUCAAGAAGAAGUCGCCGUGGCCCUCCACAGUACCACACAGCUGAGGACAGAGCCCGUGAGAACAAGCACUCCGGAACCCCCGGCUCCUGAACAACCAGAUGAGUGGAGAUUUCCUGAGAGCGGUGCCCUGACCUCCGACCCAGCAUGGGGCAGUCCGUCUUUGCUCCUAGAUGGCGACUCCCACACUGCCUCGCACCUGUGGCUGGGAACCAGCAAGGACAGUGACCCUGACCAGGCAGAGGAAACCCAGAUGGCUCCCAAGGACAUUUUCACCUUUUCAUCUAGACCAAGAUCAGCUCCUCAUGGGAAGAGUCAUGAUAUGUCCCCCAAGGGGUGUCCAUUUAUUCUGGACCCACAAGAGGACAUCCGAGUGACCAAGGGAGACCCUGAGUUGGAAGGCGAUUUCUAUGGCAGUGACAGCAGCGAAGAGGAAUACAACUGGAGGAACUAUCAGCCCAGCCAGAUGAGCGAAUCGGAGCUGCAGAUGCUGGCAAGCCUCAGGCGGCAGCAGAAUGAAGACUUGGAGGACACUGGGGCUCCUCACGGCCUGAGCGCAUCCCAGGUGGACAACUGUAAUGUCAGCAUCAGUACCAGCAGCGAUGACACGACCACGUGGAACUCUUGUCUCCCACCUCCUGUGAACCAGGGCCGUCACUAUCAGAAAGAGAUGAAUCCACCGUCUCCAUCUAACCCCCGAGACUGGCUGAACAUGCUGAGCCCACCAAUUGUCCCUCCCAGUCAGCAGCCGGUGGAACAGUCUCUAGACUCCUCUGCAAGUCUGAGCGUGCAAGGUGAAGAGGACCCAAGUGUGGAAGAAGACGAGGAGGUGCUGACUCUGUUGUAUGACCCGUGUCUCAACUGCUACUUUGACCCUCAGACUGGCAAAUACUACGAGUUGGUCUAGCUCCAUCAUCUGGAGAUGGAAUGGAACAUCAGCGUGAAGUCCACAGUGGGCACCGUGACCUGAGUUAAAAGGAAUGGAGAGAAGGGCUUUGUAAAGAGCAUUCCAUGUUAAGAACAUCUGCAUUCUCUCUGUAGCUGUGUGUGUGGCCUUGAAAGUUGUGGAAGGAUUAAUACAGACACCAGAUUUUAGGCUUUGAAAUUGUUCAUAGUUCUUCAUUCCAAUCCUCUAAGUCUCAUUUCGAAUAUGUUAUAUAAGCAAAUUAAGAAUUACUCGUUCAAAUUUUUCCAGUGUUAAUCAGUAAUAAAUGAUGGCUUGAUACACUAUAGAAAGUGUAUUCUUGUUUAAAAGAUGUCUGAAACCUUUUUAUGGCUUGUUUGUAUUAAAAAUAAAGUAUAGAGGCCAAGA